GUCAUAAUUGUGCGCCGAGCGAGGAAUUACUGCAGACGCUUAUGUUCAUUUUCUGAUUUUAAGAUCGAGCAAAAUGGCAAUAUUUCCCAGUUCACUGACAGAAGAGGAGGAAGCACUGCAGAAGAAAUAUGCUAAACUAAAGAAAAAGAAAAAGGCCUUAAUGGCUCUGAAGAAGCAAAGCUCCACUAAUCAGACGAGUCAGACAGGGCUUAAGCGCACUUUGUCAGAUCAGCCGGUGGUGGACACAGCGACUGCAACGGAACAGGCCAAAAUGUUGAUAAAGUCCGGCGCGAUCAGCGCCAUCAAGUCAGAGAACAAAAACUCAGGCUUCAAGCGCUCCAGAACACUUGAGGGGAAACUGAAAGAUCCUGAGAAAGGUUCAGCCCCAGCAUUCCUGCCAUUUCAAAGAAGCAUCUCUACAGAUGAGGAGCCUCCUGAUUCUGCUAAACGAAUCCACAGGAAAUCCUUGUAUGAGAGUUUUGUUCCUGGAGAUCGUUCUCGUGAUGAUGAGGGAGGAAUGCCGAGUCGAGAAUCAGAGCGGGAUCGGGAAAGAGAGAUGGAGUGGGAAAGAGAUCGAGAUAGAGACAGAGACCGGGACAGAGAGAGAGACCGUGAGAGAGGCAGGGAGAGAGAACGAGACCGGGAACGUGAACGGGACAGGAGCCGAGAUAGAGAAAGGGACCGAGACAGGGACAGAGAUCGAGAACGAGACAGAGAAAGAGACAGAGAGCGGGACGGACCCUACAGACGAUCAGAUUCGUAUCCAGAGCGCAGAGGUGUGCGCAAAGGAAACACAGUGUAUGUAUACGGCACAGGUUUAGUGGAAGACAGCUUGCGCUCGGCCUUCGCGCAGCAUGGCAACAUCAUCGACCUUUCGAUGGACUCACCACGCAAUUGUGCCUUUGUCACCUUUGAGAAGAUUGAAUCAGCAGACCAGGCUGUGGCAGAGCUGAAUGGCACUACUGUGGGUGACGUUAACAUCAAAGUCAGCAUUGCCAGGAAGCAGCCCAUGCUUGAUGCUGCCACAGGGAAAUCUGUCUGGGCUUCUCUUGCUGUGCAGAACAGUGCCAAGGGCUCGUACAGAGACAAACGGAGCCAGGUCGUCUACAGUGAAGACUUAUUUUGAAAACAGUUAUUUAGCAUGUGUUAAACUACUAAAAAAGUCCAGCAAUACAUUUUGUUUUUCAAAGAAGUGAUGAAGUAAAUCUGUUACUUUUCUGUCAUUUAAUCAGCACAGUGUUUGAGCAUGUUUACUGCUUGGACGUUUAGCUCAGUCAUGGAUUAUGUCAUUGUGUUCAAUAAAUAAUCAAUAAACUUUUCCAUCA